GUUGCUACGGUAACCUGGACACGAGGACAUCACCCCGUCAAUGAUGGGGUGUGUGUCUCCAUGCUGACGGGGGAACCGGAGAGUGGUUGUGCCUUCUCCCCCUCAGGGGCGAUCACAAAGGCCGAAACCCACGCUUCCUUUUUUCUUCGCCGGUCGAAGCAAAGAUUUCCCACAUGUUCCUGAAGGCGGCAUGGACGUGAUCCUUUGUGAGCCAAUGUAGGAGGUGCUUUUUUUCAAGCUGGCCAAUCACAGAGGGAUACGUCUUACGAAGGCGAGUGAGUCAAAACGGCCCGCCCUGACGCCGUUCAUUGAAGAAGAAGGAGAGAGACUUUGUGUGUGCUCCGUUCUCGGAACAAAUUCGAUCAUGACGGCCAAACUUUGUAAGCUUUUUGUUGGCGGUCUAAACGUGGAGACCACGGAAGAUGGCCUUCGAAAGUAUUUCGAGCAGUACGGGUCGCUCACGGACUGCGUUGUGGUCAUGAACCCGCAGCUAGGCCGGUCCCGCUGUUUCGGCUUUAUAACCUACUCGAAGCCGGAGGAGGCCGACACAGCAAUGGCGUCUAAGCCACAUGUCGUCGAAGGCAAUAACGUGGAAUUGAAACGGGCCAUCGCUCGGGAGGAUGCGAACAACCCAGACGUGCUGGCUAACGUCAAGAAAAUCUUCGUGGGAGGCGUGAAAGACCACAUCGAGGCCGACAACCUGACCGAGUACUUCUCCCAGUUCGGCGUGGUGGAGAAGGCCGAGAUCAUCUCAGACAAACAGACCGGCAGGAAGAGAGGCUUCGGCUUUGUCUACUUCGAGGACACCGACUCCGCCACCAAAGCGGUGCUCAACAAAUUCCACACCAUCGAGGGGAACAAGGUGGAGGUGAAGAAAGCCCAGACCAAGCAGGAGAUGUCCGCCAGCGGCCGGGGAGGAAGAGGUCGAGGGAGAGGGAUGCAGAGCUAUGGCGGCGGAAGAGGGGGUGGCGGCUACGGAGGAGGCUACGGCGGUAAUUACGGAGGCGGCUACGGCGGCGGCUACGGUGGCGGAUACAACGGCGGCGGCGGUGGAGGCUACGGGGGAUACGGCGGCUACGAUGACUACGAUAACCAGAUGGGGGGUGGAUACAGCAAUGGUGACUUUGGGGACGGCUAUGGACAGCAGCACUCCAACUAUGGUGCAAUGAAGGGGGGCAACUAUUCCUACAGGAGCGGGGCUCCUUACAACAGAGGAGGCGGCGGCGGCGGCUACAGCCGGGGUGGGGGGUUCGGAGGGGGCUAUUAGAGCCUUCAUUUUGGGUUUGAUAUGUUAUGGGGGGAAAUUCUGAUUACACGGACUUGACUUACACACAUUACACAAUCCCAGGUGGGAAGAGGGGUCUUGUAGUUCAGAGCCCAUCACCCACGCGGAAUGAAUGAGACUAUCUUCUGGAUCCUGGCAGCCCCCACCGGGACCCCCUCCCCCCCAUCUGUCCUAUUCCACACAUUAUGGACUUUAUUACUAAGAUUUGUGUACCAUUGAAUUAUACUUUGUUGUGUUAGGGAAAGACUUGUUUUGAACCAUUUGUAAAUCUGUGUCAGUCACUGCUUCUUGACUCGGUUGAGGUUGUCUCUGUUGCAAACCAGUCUGACUCGUCUGUUAAUUUUGCAUCGUGAACUCAGGGUUUUACGGGAUGUUGGUGGCAGUGUCAGGCAGCAUGGGACUCGAGUGCUUGAGUUUCUUGAUCUGAAACACUUUCGUGACAAAGUAUUUUUUUUUUUUUUUUUUUUUUUUUGGAAAAUGUCUCGUCAAAUAAAUGUAAAUUACUUUCCCACCUUUCCCGUCCCAUUACAGGCUUUUGUUCAGAUCCAUGUGUUGAGUUCACACUGUUUUGUUCUGCUUUUAUUAAAGUUUUUAAUGUUUUGAAAAUUAACAUUUGUUGUAGUCUUAAUUCACCUCCGGGUGUAGGUUAAAUGUCAGCAUGCGUUCAAUUUAAAAAUGAGAGUAUUUCAGUUUCAGUGCAUGAGGUUUUUAGAACCACGGUAGUUCAUUCAACUACCACCAGGAGGCUCUGUUGCAUUCGAUAUUAAAAUUCACCGGCCAUUUUAUUCACACAUUGAUCCUUUUUAUCCCAUCUACAUUCAACUAACAUAACUAUAUGAAGACCUUACUGAAUGCAAAAAAAAUAAAUAAAUAGAAUCUCAAUUGGGGGAAAAAAAAUUAGGCAAUUUUUUAAAUCAAACUAAAUUUUUCAGAUAAUUUCUGGCAUUAACAUUACAUUUGCAUCUCUGAGUAUAGCAGUACUGAUGUAUACACAUAAGUGUUACUAAAUGUAUUUCUUUGUUAAACUACAAACUUUAGUUUAAUGGAUGAAUGCUGCAUCAAAUCUGCAUUCCUGUUUUCAUCCCACUGUUUUCAUUUAGUUUUUAUUAAGUGUGUUUAAAUGAUGUCGGAUAAAUGUUAAUGAGCAGUCUGGUUAUAAUUACUAUUUUUGUCCAAAACAGAUGACUGAGGGUUGAAGAUUCUCAAAGCAGAGAGGGAAUAAAAGCAUAAGCUCUCACUCUGACACUUUUUAUGCAUGGUUUUCUUGUCCUUUUGUUUUUGAGUCAGUUUCAUCUAAAAAUCAUGUGUCUGUAGUGUGACCGUUAGUACAUAGUAUGAUAGUAAUGCUUGGUAAUUUGAAGAUCCUUAAAGACUAGAUAUCUGCAUUUCAAGGUUUUCUA